UCCAAAGUGCCAGUGUAAUUUGCAGUUGUACUAGAAUUAGGAUUAUUCAACUCACCGGUCGUCUGCUUAUUACUUACUUUUUUUACUGCUGAUUGCUGAAUGAUGCACAGUUUUUAUAGUGUUGUGUCGUUGGUGAGCAGUCUGCUGCUGCUGCGCCUCAAUCUACCGCUGGCGCUGGCCCACGCUGACACGCACAGCACCGGAAACGAGGUGGACGCGGGCGCGGACGAAGACCAGUUCUCGCUGUUCGAAGGCGACAUUGCCGGCUACCAGCCAACGGAAGGCGCACUGUACAGCGGCGUAACCAAGGGCGAGAACUUGUGGCCGGACCGGACGAUUCCCUACGAAAUAUCCAACGUCUACUCGGCGAAGGACAAGCAGACAAUCCUCAACGCCAUUCACGACUUCCAGCAGAAGACCUGCAUCCGCUUCCGGCCCAAACAGGCCGGCGACGAGUACUCCAUCUACAUCGACCACAUGCGAUCCGGGUGUUUCGCUUUCUGGGGCCGGCAGACGCACAGCCAGCUGCGCUACCACAACCGCGGCACCGGCCUGCGCAACCAGCAGCUGGUCAAUCUGCAGAGAAACGGCUGCUUAGGACACGGCACAAUCCAGCACGAACUGAUGCACACCGUCGGCUUUUUACACGAGCAAUCCAGGAAAGACCGCGAUGACUACGUGGACAUCCUCUGGCAGAACAUCCAACCCGGUAAGGACGACCAGUUCCGGAAGCAGUCGGACUCGGACGCGCAGGGCACGCCGUACGACUUCGGCUCGGUGAUGCACUACCACAAGGACGCCUUCUCCCGCAAGGCGGGCCAGCUCGACACCAUCCGGCCCAAAGCCAAAUUCCACGGGAAGACGCUGGGCCAACGCCACGGCCUCAGCCCAGUCGACGUGCAGAAGAUCAACCGGCUAUAUAAAUGCCAGGCCGCGCCGUCGCCCUCGCCGUCUCCCGCACCCGCACCGGCGCCCGCCCCAACGCCGGCCCCCAGCGGCGGCAAAGGUAGCGGUACCCGCUACACGGUGCAGUCCGGCGACACCCUCACAAAAAUCGCCGCCAAAUUCGGCAAAACCUGGCGGCAGAUCGCCAGGGAUAAUGGUAUUACGGAUCCGGAUUAUCUCCAUGAAGGACAGGUCUUGCUUAUUAAAUAAGCCGCCGGAAGGGGACGCCGCUUCUCAGUUAUGAUUUUACUCUGUGAUACGAUACGCUAGCUUGUUGGUUUUUACAAAUUAUUUAAUUCUGUGGUACAGGGAAUACAUGUAGACUGUAGUUAUUUUUAUAUUUUUGUAUACUUAUCCUUCGAUUGUGUGCAAAUUGAAGUUCACUAAUUAUUUUGCUUCUUUUGUUCGAGAAUUAGAAAUACAAAAAAAACAGCAUUAAUCUAAUACUUUGAUUUGAAAAAUACAUGUGUUAAUUUUUAUAUACAAUAAAUUGUACAAAUUAUUUGUUGUUUUAGUUCGGUAAGAACAUGUACAGUAUUUCGAAGUACUGAUUUUUGCACAGACAAAUGCACAAUAAAUUCUA